AUGGAAGACAUUAAAGACAACGCUAUAUCGAAAUUACAAUUAGUUUAUGUGAUUUGCAUAUUCAUAUUGGUGCUGUGCUUUAUACUGCCGACGAUAAUGCUGAAGAUGUUGAAUAAAUUUUCUAGCUCAGCGGAUGAAGAAAUAAUUGAAGAAACGUAUGGUGGACAUGAGAAGUGUGAUUCAGAUGGCAUCUAUCAUCAGUCGGCUCUUCAAAACAUGAAAAUUGCAUAA